GAUUUCUAGUUCCGGUUUCGGGCCGCGUUGGGGACUAGAGUGCGUCUCCGCCGCCGUUCCCCAGCGCCGGCGGCUUCUAUUUCCGGGUGCGGCUUCUGUCAUAAAGCUGAGACCUCCCUUCAAACGUGGCGUCGUGGGUCCUUCGCGCCUCGCCUGGGGUCAGCGCGCAAGGACAGGCGCGGGCGGGGAUACUUGACAGCCAACAGGUGGAGCCAGUCGUGGCGUACAGGGAACCUCUGAUCCCUCAGAGCCGGCUGUCUUUCGAGCCCUCACGAUUGGGGAGUCCCUGAUUCGCAGCCUCCAGGACUGCAGCUCGAGAGGACAGUGCUCCUUCUCCAUACCUGUUCCUCAGUCGUGUUCUGCCCUGUGAGGUGCAGCGUUUGACAAGUCACCCCUUCCCCCCACACCACUUCCACCCACAUCUGCGUUAACUUCGUUCUUAACCUCCUUGAGACUCCUCCCUCCUGCCUCCAGAAAGGGUCUUUUUUCCCCCUUUCCCAUAAAAAUUGGGAGGAGUUUCGGGUAUCCUGCAGAAAGGUUACCUCUACGACAGCACCCAUUUGAUCCCCCACAUAAGUUCAUGCUUACUCGAGAGAGUGUGCGCCAAGUGAAACCCAGUGCGUACAGGAAACUAUGGCUGAGCACGGGGCUCACAUCACAACCGCUUCUGGGCUGGAUGACCAGCCAUCCAUCUUUGAGGUGGUAGCACAGGACAGUUUAAUGACAGCAGUGAGACCUGCUCUUCAACAUGUGGUCAAGGUUCUUGCAGAAUCAAAUCCUGCCCUCUAUGGCUUCUUUUGGAGGUGGUUUGAUGAAAUCUUUACCCUGCUAGAUCUUCUGCUCCAGCAGCAUUAUCUGUCUAAAACCAGUGCCUCAUUUUCUGAAAACUUUUAUGGCUUAAAGCGGAUUGUAAUGGGGGACAGACACAAGCUUCAGAGACUGGCCAGUGCUGGUCUCCCAAAGAAGCAGCUUUGGAAGUCAAUUAUGUUCCUGGUUCUUCUUCCCUAUCUGAAAGUGAAGCUGGAGAAGUUGGUUUCUAGCCUGAGAGAAGAGGAUGAAUAUUCUAUCCAUCCCCCUUCUUCCCGCUGGAAACAAUUUUACAGAGCGUUCCUGGCUGCCUACCCAUUUAUUAACAUGGCCUGGGAAGGCUGGUUUCUUGUACAACAACUUCGAUACAUCCUAGGAAAGGCUCAGCAUCACUCACCACUUUUAAGUCUGGCUGGAGUUCGGCUAGGUCGGCUUACAGUUCAGGACAUACAAGCGCUGGAGCACAAACCAACUGAAGCCAACAUGAUGCAGCAACCAGCCAAGAGUGUGAGUGAGAAGAUAAAGUCAACUCUGAAAAAAGCUGUGGGAGGUGUUGCCUUAUCCCUCUCUACUGGCCUUUCUGUGGGUGUAUUCUUCCUGCAGUUCCUUGAGUGGUGGUACUCAUCUGAAAAUCAAGAAACCAUCAAAUCAUUGACUGCCCUGCCUACCCCACCACCACCUGUACACCUAGACUACAAUUCUGAUUCUCCUCUGUUACCCAAAAUGAAGACUGUGUGCCCGCUGUGCCGUAAAACCAGAAUGAAUGAUACUGUUCUUGCCACCUCUGGCUAUGUGUUUUGUUAUCGCUGUGUGUUUAAUUAUGUGAGGAGUCACCAAGCUUGUCCCAUCACAGGUUAUCCAACAGAAGUGCAGCAUCUAAUUAAACUGUACUCCGCUGAGAACUGAAAGGCAUUAGCGUCCUAUCUCGCAACAAAAUCAUUGCACUAUAAAGCCACAGGGCUGGUUUUUAGCAUGGUACAUAGGUUUGAUACUUCUCAGCCUUGAUUCAUAAUUACAUGAAUUUUAAAUAACUACAUAUUUCUUUAAAAGGAUAUACCCAUUGAUCUUAACCAUCUAGCCUGCUCUCUAGACCCCUCCUUAAUAGUUGACGUAGCUGGUUAAAGAGAAUAGGGAUUGACAGGGAACAUGAGGGUCAGUGUAGACGUGGAUAAAAGAGGAUAAUUAGUACAGAACCUUUUCCUUAAAGAACAAAGAGGUAUGGAAGCUCUCUGAAAAACCCAGGUUAGACCUCAUAAAGUGGGUGGUGAAGGGGAAGUAGGCCUUUUCUUUCCAAAGAAAGUGUUCAUCUGCCUGUGAGGACAAGGUUUCAUCAGUUUACAAACAAUGUGAAAAGUGGGCUUGCUCUUUAUAGAAACACUUUCAAAUAACUUUUUCCAUAUAUUGUGACCCAUUUGUUAAGUAACAUCUGCUGUAGUUUAUCAACUUUUAAAGAUUCCUUUAUACGCCAUACGUGUCUUUCUUGGGAAACUAAAGGAAAAUAGGGAUUGAGUGUAUAGUCUGAAGAUUUCACAGUGUAAAGAAAAGCUCUUUUAAUCAGCUCUUUCUGCUUGCUGUUAAGAGUUUGCUAAACUGGCGUGAAUUAUUCUAUGACUAAAGUUUCUAUG